AUGGUUCAAAAGAAGAAGGCCCAAUUGUUGGGCGUCUUUGAGAAUGCCGACAACAAGGAGGCGUUCAUCUUUACGCCGACCGCUGCCAAGGUCAACAGCGCCAGCAAUGGAACGAUUGAGAAGAACAUCAACAUUAUCGGCCCGCUGAAGAAGGGCAAAGUGCGCAUCUUCUACGACGUGACGCCGGAGCUGCCCGUUGUGGCGGUGGUCGGCCUCGGCCCGAACAACGCCGGCUUUAACGACCUGGAGGAGCUGGACGAGAAGAGCGAAAACGUGCGCGGCGCAAUUUCCUCGGGCGUUCGCUCUCUGCGCGACCUGGGCGCCAUUGAUGAGAUUGACGUGGACUCGUGUGAUAACGCCACCGCCGCCGCGGAGGGCGCCUCCCUCGGUCUCUGGUACUUUGACGAGCUCAAGUCGGCGCCGCUGAAGAAGCCACUGGUGAAGAUUAACCUGCUGGCCAGCGAUGACGCCAGUGCUGAGCAGAAGUGGAACGAGGGCAUCACUCUGGCCGCCGGACAGAACCUCUGCCGAUCGCUGGAGGAGAACCCGGCCAACAUUAUGACGCCGACGAACUUUGCGAAGAUUGCCAGCGAAAAGUUGGGCAAACUCGGCGUCACGGUGAAUGUUCGCGAUAGAGCCUGGGCCGAGGCGCAGAAGAUGGGCUCCUUUCUCAGCGUGGCCCGAGGAUCUGAUGAACCGCCGGUUUUCCUGGAA